AUGAAGGUCCUCUUGGGAGACGAAGAGGAACUUCCACCCGUCAUCCCCGGGACUGACUGCUUUAAUCCGGUGCUGGAGAGAUUCUGGCUCCCCUGGGCACGGGCCAUUCUUCUAUCGCCAACGUUUAUAGCGUGUAACCAUCCGAUCCGAAAUGCUGCGAACCACCUGGCAUUUGAUGCCAUCCGGCAGCAAAUCGCCUGGUCCGUACCGACGCUCCCCGUUCUCCGGUACAUGGUCCAGACCGCGCCCGGCGGCCGCAUCUUGGACGUGGGUGCGGGAACCGGGUACUGGAGCGCGCUCUUGGCAGGGUUGGGUGCGGACGUCAAAGCGGUGGACAACUUCUCGUGGUGGCCGAGACAGGGCAAAGUGAGCGAAGAGGACUCUCCGGAGGUUCGCUUGGAGGCGCAGCGCCCGCUUUACUUCGACAUUCAAGACGCAGACGCAGCGGAUUACGUCAGCGUCGCCAACGCCGAAAAGCGUGCACUCUUCUUCAGCUGGCCCAAGGGCGUCAUGAGGCCGUACCUGCAAGGGUACACCGGUGACGUCAUCUUCUGGGUUGGGGAGCAGGCCACCGCGGACGGAGUGCGAUCCACUGAAUGGGUGAUGGACCAUAGGAUGGAGAUCCCACAGUGGCCCGGAUCUAAUGAUUUCUUUGCUGCUUACCGGAGGAUGACGCCUGCAGAGAAAAGCGCUGGCGACCUGCCGGCCUGUAAAUCUUGA